AUGGUCAAGGACACCGGUUACUACGACAUCCUCGGUAUAACUCCGGAAGGCACCCCGGCAGAGAUCAAGAAGGCGUACCGUAAGCUCGCCCUGAAAUAUCACCCCGACAAGAACCCUGGCGAUGAGACCGCAGCCGCCAAGUUCCAGGAAAUUUCGGAGGCGUAUCAGACGCUGAGUGAUCCUCAAUUGCGCUCGGUUUAUGACGAGUUUGGAAAGGAAAGCGCGGUUCCUUCACAGGGAUUCGAGGACCCAUCUGAAAUCUUCAGCUCCAUGUUUGGUGGCGAGGCGUUCGAGGAUUGGAUCGGCGAGCUGACUCUGCUCAAGGAUAUGAUGAAGGGAGCUGAAGAGGCUGACUCCGCUGUUCCCGAAACUCAAGAGGUGGUCCAUUCUGCCGAUGGGGCAUCUGCAGCAUCUGCCACACCACCGGCUUCGGGAAAGACCAAGAUUUCUGCCGAGGAACGUGAGAAGUUCCGCAAAAUGCAGGAAGAGAAUAGAGAGCAGCAGCGUAAGAAGGCAGAAGAGCUCUCGAAGAAGUUGCUGGCGAAGCUGGACACUGUGAUGGACACGGUCAAGACUGGAGGUGUGCUUAAUGAGGAGUCUAUUUCCAGAUUGUUGAAGAACCUGGACACUGAAAUCGCCGAUCUGAAGAUGGAGUCGUUUGGUCUGGAAAUUCUCCAUCUUAUGGGGAAAGUGUAUGUGUUCAAGGGAACAUCAUUUGUGAAGGCUCAGAAACCUAUCAUCGGCAAGGUUUCGAAGUUCUUCUCUUCAGUUAAGCAGUCUACCAAUACGGCCAAAAGUGUGAUGAGCAUGGCAAAGUCUGCAUUUGAUGUUCAGAGCACCAUGAGUGAUCUUGAGAAGAUGCAAGAGGAAGGUACACUCCAAAUGGACGAAGCUGAUGAAGCUGAGAUCCAGAGGGCCCUCACGGGAAAGUUCAUCAAAACGGCGUGGUUGUCGUCCCGCUACGAGAUCCAGUCUACUCUCACUAAAGUGUGUGAUUUGGUACUUAAGGAUCCAACAGCACCUUUAGAAGUUAGGCUGCUGAGAGCCAGAUUGUUGGUGGUUAUAGGUACCAAGUUCAAGGCUGCCCAGAGAUCUGAGGAGGAACAGAAAGAAAUUCAGAUGUUUGAGGAAUUAAUGCAGGAUGCGAACACCUUGGAUGCGAGAGAACUAAGGAGAAAAAAUCGCAAGAAGGUCGAGAAAAAGGUCGAGGCCUGA